CGCGGGACGCGCCCCUCCCCCUCGGUCCCCCAGCCCGGGGUGGGGCCCGCACCUGGGGCCCCCUGCUCGUUAGCGCACCCGGGCCUCCAGCUUAGGUCCGGAGGGACCUGUCGGGCUCAGAGCCUCCUCCUCCUUCUCCUACCUAGAACCCGUUCGGAGGUCCGGUCCCCGAGGGAGGCGGGACCCCAGAGUCUCAGAGGGCGCCCCUGCUGCAGGGGUGACGACAGCGGUCAUUUAUGAAAUGUCUCAAGAGGGCAGGCAUGUUUGUGCUUCGUUCGGGGUUCCUGCAGCCCUCCUGUGAGAUGGUGAAAGCCAUGGCGCACUUGGUGUCAUUUCGCGCUUGAGGAAACUGAGGCGCAGCCCCUUCCUCGUCUGAGGGCCGGGCUGGAUUGCCAUCAGGCUCUGACUCACUUCUAGGAGCACUCUUACUGCUCAGAUCAGGCCGCUCCCUGACCCUGCAGUAUCUCCCAAGGGAGGCUUCAUCCCCGCCUGGCACUUACUUCCCCCGCCCUUCUCUUUCCCAAAAGGGUUGCCUUAGCCCGCUGCACUCCCUCCCUUUCCCCUCCCCUGUCAGGAACCCCAGAGUUAAAGCCAAAAGAAAGAAAAAAGAAGAGCAGAAAAGGAAAAGGCUCCUGGGAGCGGCUUGAAGGAUGUGGCACCUCGCUGUGGCUUCGGGGUCCAUCCCAGGCACUUUCUCUGUGGGCCCGGGCGUGCAUGUUGGUCCGCGGCGUGAUUUGAAAGAAGAUAGAGGUUCAGCGAAGCAGAAAGGAGGUCUUGGAAUAUGUGAGGCUGUUCCAGAUGGCAGGGGGCAGAUGGCCUGUCGGAGCCCGAGGGCAUCUCUCUGAAGCGGGUUGCUGUGGUGGAAGAUUUCUUUGACAUCAUCUACUCGAUGCACGUGGAGAGCUCCGCAGAGCCAGGCAAAGCCCCCAAGCACGCUGGGCAGAAGAAAACCUACCGAGCGAUCGCGGAGACCUACGCCUUCCUCCCCAGAGAGGCUGUGACUCGGUUCCUCAUGAGCUGCACGGAAUGUCAGAAGAGGAUGCACUUUAACUCCAGCGGCCCGGAGCCCAAAGAGAAUGAGCCUCCAUCCCCUCUGGUGUCUGGCAUUAUUGACUACAACAUGCCCCUCACCUCCACCUACUUGAAGCAGAUGAAGCUACGAGUGAUGAACUCUCAGGAGCAGGAUGAAACUUCUGUGAGCAGUGAAGAUUUUGAUAUGAAUGACUCCACAUGGAUGUCAGCUGACCCCCACCUGGCCUCCAACCUGAGCCCCAGCCAGGAGGAGAGGAUGCGGAGCCCUCAGAACCUCCAUAGCCAAGAGGACGACGACUCCUCCUCUGAGAGUGGCAGCGGCAAUGGCUCGUCUACCCUGAACCCGUCCACUUCAAGCAGCACACAGGGCGAUCCUGCCUUCCCUGAGAUGAAUGGUAACGGUGCUGCAGCCCCCAUGGACUUCACUGCUGCCGCCGAGGAUCAGCCGAUCAACUUGUGUGAUAAGCUGCCACCGGGCACAGCACUGGGCACACCAUCCUACCCCUCGGAUGGCUGCAGCACUGAUGGGCUGCGGAACCGCGUCAAGUAUGGGGUAAAGAGCACUCCUGAGUCUCCCCCCUAUAGCUCUGGGAGCUAUGACUCCAUCAAGACUGAAGUCAGUGGCUGUCCUGAGGACCUGACCGUGGGCCGGGCCCCUGCAGCAGAUGAUGACGAUGAUGAUCAUGAUGACCAUGAGGACAAUGACAAGAUGAACGACUCAGAGGGCAUGGACCCCGAGCGGCUCAAGGCCUUCAAUAUGUUUGUGCGGCUGUUUGUGGAUGAGAACCUGGACCGCAUGGUGCCCAUCUCCAAGCAGCCCAAGGAGAAGAUCCAGGCCAUCAUUGAGUCCUGUAGCCGGCAGUUUCCCGAGUUCCAGGAGCGGGCCCGCAAGCGCAUCCGCACAUACCUCAAGUCCUGUCGUCGCAUGAAGAAGAAUGGCAUGGAGAUGACCAGACCCACCCCUCCCCACCUGACCUCAGCCAUGGCAGAAAACAUCCUAGCAGCUGCCUGUGAGAGCGAGACAAGAAAAGCAGCUAAAAGGAUGCGCCUGGAGAUCUACCAGUCCUCACAAGAUGAACCCAUAGCCCUGGAUAAGCAGCAGCACUCUCGGGACUCCACAGCCAUCACCCACUCCACCUACUCACUGCCAGCCUCUGCCUACUCCCAGGACCCCGUGUAUGUCAAUGGUGGCCUCAACUACAGCUACCGUGGCUACGGCUCCUUGAGCAGCAACCUGCAGCCCUCUGCUUCCCUCCAGACAGGAAAUCACAGUAACGGGCCCACAGACCUCAGCAUGAAAGGUGGGGCCUCUACCCCCACCCCUCCCACACCCACCCCUUCCAGCAACAGCACCAGCAGGACCAUGCCCACGGCUCAGCUCAGCCCCACGGAGAUCAGCGCUGUGCGGCAGCUCAUCGCCGGCUACCGAGAGUCUGCAGCCUUCCUGCUGCGUUCUGCGGAUGAACUGGAAAACCUCAUUUUACAGCAGAACUGACCCCACUGGCCCCCAGAAUGCACGACAACGCCAGGGAAGGAGGCUGUCCCAGCCUGGACCCAGCUGCCUGCCUCACCAGUUGGUACAUUGUUUUCUGAAAGAGGUGGGAUCCAAAAGAGCUGUCUCUAGCCACACUCCGAGCAUCUGAGACUUUGGGCACAAGGACACUUUUUUUUUUUUUUUUUUUUUUUUUUUUUUGGAAUUUCACCACACGGGUGCUCUGACCUGCUUGGAAAGAGGCCAAUGGGGCAGCUCUAAAAGGGUUGGGGCUCCCCUGACAAGGCACAGGGGCUGCAGCUCUAUUUAGAAUCACCUUCAUGGACCCUGAUGUUAGAACCCCCAUCCCAAUAAUUACCUUUGAAGUCUUAGGUGAGCAGAAUUGCAUAUUUAUUGAGAAGAGCAAACGUGGACCCUUUCUUCCUCUCCCCUUAGUAAUUUAUUUUUCUGAAAUGGAUUCUUUUGUGUUUGUACAGAUUGCCAGUCUGUGUCUGUAUGAUCAGAAGGAUGUAUCCCUGUACCUAACAUUCCAUAUCACUACACUGACGUGGGCUGGGGGCCAGCAGAGUUAGGCCCAGCACACCCUUGGGAAGGCCACCACACUCCACUAGGCUGUCUUGUUGCACAUCCCAGUGCUGCCACAGGGAUACUGCCAGGCACCGGCAAACAGGAGGACCUCACCCACACCCACUGCAAACAAAAGCACUACCCAUCCUCCAGAGUUCAGUCACACGGUCACCUGUAUUCUACCUCACACUCCAGCGUGGGCUUUUCCAGGAUGUGCUCCAAGCGUGUUCUGAAUGGCUGUCUCCCCAACUCCCACACACUUUAUCUAGCUGCUGGGAGGUAAAUCUGACCUAGUGUCCAAGAGCCAGAGCCCAGAGGGGCUUGGCCCUUAAAACCAGCAGCUUGCCAUUGCCUGGCUCUUGUAGAUGCUCGACAGGAUACAGUGCUGGGAGCUGGUCAAGGACCCAGGUCUGAUGAACACAGGCCCCAGCCCCAGAUAACCUGCUGGAAGGGCCACUUCUUCAGGGCCAGCUCCCUUUGUCAGGCCUGUGUGCCCCAGGGUGGACUAAGGCUUCCACCUCUCACCUCACGAUGGGAGUAAAGGGAUCAGAUCGUUGAUGGAAGUGGGGAAGCUACUUGCGUUCUCCUAGGACUAGACUUUCUUUUGGAAAGGCCUGUCCUAUAAGAAACCCAGUCCCUGGAGUGUGACAAGGGACAAGAAAAAGCUGACCUGGUUUCCUUCCUUCCUGAUAGGCACUUCCUCUUGCUCUGUGCAAUACCUACCAGUGCUGCUAAAACCAGGGAUUCACCCAGACCUCAGCAGGCCAAGGGGCCUCUCCCUCAACACUCCGUAGCCAUGACAGCAGCACUCUGCUGCCUGCCCCUGCCCAGAGCUGGCAGAAGCCCUGUUGCCUUUCCUCCCUCAGAGCAAGGAGGCCUCAGGGGAGCCAGGGCUGAGUGGCCACUAGGAUAACCACAGAGAGCCACUCUCGAUCCCAGAGCAGGUGCCCCUUCCCAAACUGGUUUAUGGCAGGGACUGCUUGUGGGCAGCCUGACAGACCACCCCUCAAACAGGUGGGCAGGCAGGGCCAGUGCAGGUUCCUACCUGUUCAGAUUCAGGGCUGCAAGGCAGGGCUCCCCACCCUGCACACUUCCACCCUGGGCUUAAAUGUGGUCUCUCACGUGGCCGCCAAUGCCUACCCAGCCACACCACCUCUGCCUUCAUGUGCCCGCUCACCAACCAGGCCUCUGGACUGGGCCAGGACACCUGAGCCCCCUUCGUACAGCACAAGCUCCAGUGCCCAGGGCCUCCCCACAGCUGGCCGACCAUGUGCCCAGUUCCCCACCUGCUCAGUAGGACUCCUGGAUGUUUGAAUUUGUGUAAAUAUUUAUUUUUGUGUGUGAAUACUACAAAGUAAUCAGAUCUUUUGCAAAAUGUUACCCCCGGCAAUUUGUGAAAAUAUUAAUGUAAAAGUUGGCAGAGACAAUCGCCGCCCUAGAAUUUCUGGUAUCAAUUGCUUACCAUGUCAUUUCUGCUCCCAGAGGCAGUACCCAAGCUAGACACAAAUGGUUUGCAUUUUUGGAAGCCGAAAGAAGAGACUAGGCAGGGAAUCCUCCCUCCACCCCCAUGGGGCACAUCUGUAAGAGCGAGCAUAGUCUACAUCUAAGGGAUGUUCCUAAGUGCAGGCAGUCUCGAUCAGCCACCGGCAGCCUGCUCCCAGAGUACAGUGUGAGCAUAGGUUCCGUGUGUUUCCAAGAGUAGCAGGACCAAUGCCAGUGCUGAUUGGCUUCCAGAGGGACUGCAGGGCAGUGGGAUCUAUCACGCUGACCUGGACUUCCUCCCAGGGAAGCUGUCCCCAAAGCCUCAGAGACAGCCAUAUCAGGAGCAAGAUAGUGUGGGGACAGGAUUCCAUUACCUAGUUCAGUCAGGGGACUUGUUCUGUUUUGCUUUUGUUUUGAAAGAUGCAGCUUCAAGCCUCCCCUCCUGACUUGGGCCUGCCUUUUCCCAGGGGAGUUCCUCAAAGCCCUGUCCUACAGCCACUUCAGGCUGACGGAAGAAGGCUCAGGGCACAAAGUCGUCAUUGGUGAACUCAAGUUCAAUGGAAAUGCCAGUGUCGGAUACACCAAUCUCAGAGUCCUUGCAGGGCAGAUGCCUGCAGGUGUCAAGAAGUGGUGGAUGACCUGUUAGAGCAGUGGUAGUGUACAUGACCCAUCUGAAAGGGGUCUUCUCUCACCACUCAACAGGAGGACAGUUUAUUCCCAAGGAUGGUGUUGGGGAGGGGCAGGCAGGGCUAGGAGGGUCUUAGAGGACUUGGAACAGAUGGAACCCCUCUGUCCCUCCCUAUUCUCAAGGGCCACAUACGACUCCACAGGUGGUUAUAGGAUUAACUACCAGUUCAUUCUCAAAAUGCUGCUUUGAACUCAGAGGGUUGAUACUUUUAAUUUGUAAUUUUUUGUAAAACUUUUUACAAGAUAGUAAAGUAUUUCACCAGAAUACCAGUUUCAAUCCGUCCGUGGUCUGAUUUUUAUAUAAUUUAGUGGUGCUUUAGAAACUUUGUUUUGUUGUUUCUGAGCUCAACAGCUCGAUCCUCUCUUGCCUGUAUCUACCUAAGACCAAUGUGAACCUUUGUAUUUUGCUCCUAAUUUUGGACUCAGUGGAAGUGUACUGUUUACAUGUACAGACGCCCCAUCCCUGUGUGUUCUGCAAAACGCGCGCUCGAGGAGGAAGAUGCACCUCACUAGCUCAUCUGCUUAGCAUAGCCACAAAGCAAAACCUCUCACUUUGUACCCGUUUCCACCUAAAAACAAAAACCUACACCACCUGGAACUCAGAUUUGCCAACACACUCUGCCUGGUGGACGCCCUGUGCCUCUCUCAUGUGUUCACUGAGGAGAGGAAUCAAGAUAGCUCCUCUUGUCGGCUGGGUGCGGGGGUAGCACAUAGAGGCGGCUGUAAGGAAGGACUUCACUGCCCAGCUCUGGGAGGAAGUUGUUUGGGCAGCAGGCAAUAGGAAGGAGGUCAAGAGGACUCAUGGGGCCCUGGGGAACAAGCCAGGCAAAAUUUAGGGACAACACAAGAGGUCAUCAAUCUGCUGGCAUAACUGAGACACAUUUUGGAAGAGCAAGAGUUCCAUGUCAGGUGAGACUGUGACUUUCAGUGCAGAUGGUACAAGCACUCCUUCAGGGUUCCCACCACCUCUGGGGAGGGUCAGGGGCUCCAGACAGUAAGCAUAAGGCACUUACCGCAAGCAGUGGAUGGCACCAACUUUUAAAGGUGACUUUAUUCAUCAAUGGUUUCACCGCUAAAUUAUAUUUUUACAGAUAUGCACCUAUGCAACUUAAUGUGGCUCUUCUAAGCAGGUGAGGACCUCCUCCUCAAUGCUCUAUAAAGUGUUUGUGUUCUGUAUAGUUUCCCAGUAAAUGUGGCUAAAUACUUUAAUUCUUAGGAUAUGUCUUUCUACGUGAUGCGGCUACUAAAUUCUGUUUUGUUUGUGGAAUGACUAGCACAGGCUGACGCCCUCUUUCCCUCACUUACCAGAAGACCAAUGAGCUGUUAAUGAGCGGUUAUCUCCAUGGUAUUACUGCUAAAUGCACUGAUGUCAUAAGUAUGUGGAAUCCUUUUCCUUUUGAAACUGUAUAUCAUAUACCAGACUGAAUCUACUUAAUAAACACUGAACAACAAA